AAAAAACGGGACCGGUUUGCCUCUUGGUUCCUCUCUGGGUAUUUUGGACCCUGGGGAUGCUUGGAAACCCUUGUGCGGCUCGCCCACCUAAUGCUAGGGGUUUUUCCUGUCUGGUUCCAGCGACAAAAACAGUCAUGGACAACGGGGUCGCUGUAGGAGAUCUCAACACGCCACGUUCAGAGUGCUGAGGCUGAAACCUUGUGGGAGGAAGUGCAUGUUGACACAAAGGCCGGUGAACAUGUCCUUGUGAGUUUUUCUGCUGCCGAGUGUUUUUUUGUGAGUGACCAUGCAGGAACCACAGAACAAGUCAGUCCGACACUGGCUCACCUUUGCCACAGGCCUGGUAGAGUGUCUGUGCUUCGCCGGAGCUGUGUUUGGAUGGGCUUCUCUUGUUUUUGUCCUCAAAGAGGAACGUUACUUCAGCUCUCUGUGUGUCAACGCCACAGGACUCAACGGCACGCAAACUCUGGACUGCAGCGCACAGGAUGAACAGUUCUCGCUCGUUUUCACCAUCGCUUCUUUUAUGAACAACUUUCUGACGCUGCCCAAUGGUUUUCUGUUUGAUCGAUUUGGUACCACAGUGGCUCGACUCUAUGGAAUAUUCCUUUACACCAUGGGCACCUUGAUGGUGGGUUUCUCCUCAUCAGCUCUGGCCUACCUGCUCUUCCCGGCUCUUUCUUUUCUGGCUGUUGGAGGAAUCCUGUUUCUCAUGACAAAUAUGCAGGUUGGAAACCUGUUUGGCUCCCGUCGUUCCACCAUCAUCACGCUCUACAACGGGGCGUUUGAUUCUUCCUCAGCGCUCUUCCUCGUCAUCAAGCUGUUGCAUGAGUCUGGCGUCUCUCUCCGCGCUGCCUUCCUCUUUCUAUCGGCCUGCAGCGUCGUCCACGUCCUCAGGACGUUCUUCCUGCUCCCCAGAAACUUUAUUCCUUACCCGCUGCCGGAUCGCUACACUUACGGGGUCUCUUGUGGUAAAUCGGUGACUGCGAGCGCAGAGGUGGCAGCAAAUGGUGAUGUGCUUCCAGCAACUGAAGGAACGCCUCUCAAAAGGGACGCUCCCGUCAACCAAGAGAAGACUUUCCGAGAGUGCUUGCUGUCCAGGUUCUUUAUGUGGCACCUGCUCUGGCUGUCGGUGAUGCAGCUCAGGCACUACCUGUUCAUCGGCACGCUUAACCCCAUGCUGCAGAGGCUGACCGGAGGAGAGCCCUUACUGGUGAGCCGAUACACCAACGCCUUUGCCAUCACCCAGCUGUGUGGAGUGCUGUGCGCUCCCUGGAACGGCCUCAUCAUGGACCGGCACAAAGGCAAACCGCGAGCUGAGGGGGAGACGGAACAGGAAGCCGACCUGCGGGCGACUGUGCUUUCUUUAUUCCUGACGGCGCUGCAGUGUGUCUUGUUCUCUCUGUGCGCCUCCACGCCUUACCUCCCGCUUCAGUACUUCACCUUCAUCCUGCAGGUGCUGAACCGCUCCUUCCUCUACGGCGGAAACGCAGCCUUCAUCAGCGUGGCGUUUCCAUCUUGCCACUUCGGGAAGCUGUACGGUCUGGUCAUGGCUCUGUCUGCAGUGUUUUCUCUGCUGCAGUAUCCCUGCUUUGCUCUGGUGAAAGGACCUCUGGGUGGAGAUCCUUUAUACGUGAACGUCGGCCUGACGCUGCUCAGCGUGGUAGCCUUCAUACAUCCCGUCUACGUCUACAUGCACUGUCGAAAUCUCGCCUCUGAGAGAGCAAGGAGCAAAGCCUCGUCUUAAAGAGCGCAAAACCAGGAUGGUGAUUUGUGUUUAAAGCUUUCCGCCUUGGUGGUUGACUACCAUUUCCUGACUAGAAACUAGAAGAACUUUAUUUUCAGUAAAUUUUGUGAUGAUUUUACAGUUUCACCUUAAGCCAGAGUUCUUUUUAUAGAUAGUCCUAAGUGUCCCACAGAGGAUCUGUAAAGGCAUAAAAUUACAAAUCCUCACAGUCAAUCGAGUUGUGCCGAUCUGAAAUCUCAGGAGCAAACGGUUAAUUCCAGACCAAAGUCUCAUCUAAAAAAUCUGUGUAUAAUACAGGGCUUAUAUUUUAUCCACACACUCAACCUGUUAGAGCCUUUAUGAUCAUUUUUCACUACCUACUCUAGCAGCAUUUAGAUAUGUGAUGUCACAGUUGAGGGACAGAAAGCAUGCAUAAAGCCUUUUCAUGUAGAUAAAUAACUUGCUGUCCUCUUCUAGGAUAAAAACAACCUUUUCACAGAUGGCAUUUGAAUUAAAACCUGCCGUCCAUGAAUGCAGGUAGUGAAAAAUGAUCCAUGAAUGCAGUGUUAUGUUCCUCUACACUCUGGGAUAAUGAAAUUGAACUAAAUAAAUAAAUACAACUAAGGAAAAUGUCGAGCUUUGGCGCAGCAGGUUUUUUGUCACAAAUUCAACAUCAAACCUGCAUAAAUAAAUCAGGAAUAACGUGGAAUGACAAUCUUGCCGGUAACGUCUUGUUUUUGCAUUUCAAACAAAUUCACAUACAUGCAAAGAUGCAUGUAUACAAGUAGAGACGCCCUGUCAGAUCAAGAAAAAAGGGAUUUUAAAUUAAGAGGGAGAAGGAAGUUUUACUAAAAAAGUGAACGUUUGUUUCUCUUCUUUAUCUUUUGCAAGUUUCGCUUCAUUCUAACAACUUUUUUAUGUGUUUACUGUCGUCUGAUGCUUGAAGUAACUAUUUUUUUCCUUUUUGCACAGAUAUUCUGCGUAGGUCAGUCAUUGUUUUUCUGCGCAAGUCAGUCAUACGUUUUACUUAAACAAAUUUGUUGUAUGUUUGUUGUUUGAUCCCUAAUAUGUGACAUUUAUUGCUAAAAGUGAAACGGCACAAAGCUUAUUUUUAUUAAGAAACAGACUAAGGACCAUUGCAGUGACCUUAAUAACAAAGAGUUCAGUAUAAAAGUUACUCAGUAGAGAUUUGAACUGCUUCAUCAGAGAGGAAACAUCUCUGCCCUCUGCUGGCUGCACUUCAGAUGUAUUUCCUUCUGACCAGAAAAAAAGUUUAUUUUUACUAUGUUGAAGUCGCUUUGUUGUCAUUAUUUCAGUGUUUUAUAUUAAACAUAGAGACAUAUAGACAUACUGUGUUAAAACAUGUAGAGGAUCAAAAAGGGACAUUUUAUAUUCUGAGGGAAAAUGCCAAGCUAAAGCUGAUCAGUAUUUUUUUUAAAUGAUAUAUUAAUAUUGAUAUAACAUUGCUGAACAAAAUGUAGCUUUUGAUUAAAUGUGUGAUGAAGGGAAUUCAUGUUCUUCACCUUCUGCUGCUUUUGUUAAGCUGAGGUCAACUGCCACCUACAGGUUGUGAAAAAAAGUGCAAUUGUACCAUUGUUUUCAUGGAAUGUGACUGAUGGACACGGUCUACGUACAAAAAUAAAAACCUGAUACAUUUCA